AUGCCCAAAUACGUGACCGGUCGCUGCUGUCCGGAGUACGACAAUUGUCCCAUUCUGGACAACAAUCCGCCGCUGAGCAGCGAUUCGAGCAGCGCGACGCCGUCAACCGCGAAGCCUGCGCCGGCUGCACCGCCCGCUGGCUUCAAUUGGAACAUAACCAUCAAGGAGAUUACCAAGCCGACAGAGAUACGCAUAACCGAUGACAAUCACAAGCCCAAGCAGACGAUACCCACACGCAAACUCAUCGCCUCGGUGGGCUACAUUGAGCGGCCGCUCUCGCACGGCAAUCACAUUGUUGUUGGGCAGCAGCUGAAGCCGCUGGUCACCUACAAUGCGGACGGACUGCAGCCGCUGGCCGAGAACGAUCCCAGCAAGGUGAACAUCAAGCGGGAGUAUACCACAGAGGGCGUCGCCGGGUUGUUGAGCAGCAAGCCAGCAGCCGAGUCGGAGCUGGAGCCAGACACAGCGGGCAGCGACAAUAUUUAUCACAUAAUCUCCACCACAGAAGGACCCAACAGCAGCAGCAGCAGCAGCAACCCGGAGCAGCAACUGAGUACGGAGGGACCCUUGCACAUAGGCGAGGAGAGCUCCACAUAUUAUGGCAAUGUCACCAUGGAGCUGGAAUCGAGCACAGAGGGUUUGGUUUCCAGCACCAGCAGCAGCAGCAGCAGCGAGUCGCCCGCUUCGAGCACUGUGCAGCCCGUGCAUCACAUGGAUGAGGAUGAGGUGCCGCAGGUGGAAUCCAAUCCCGCCUAUCCCUCGCUGCCCGAAGAUGAUUUCAGUCUGCGCGAUGUUAACUUUCCGCUGUCCGAACUGGACGAGAUUGCCGAGGCGGAGAACAAGGAUGAGCAGCGCAGCAUAAUCAGCCCCUUUGAGCGGGACAACAAACGCACCAAGCUGGUCACUGAGAACAGUCUGGAUGCCAGCGGCGGUGGCAGCGGCAGCGGCAGCGGUGACCUGGAACUCUUUCAGUCCUUUGGCUCCUCAACGGAGAACAUGCUGACGCAGGCGUCCAGUGUGGAAAAGGUCGCAACGUCGGCACAAGUGCCGCUAAUGUACAGUGCCGAGGACAGCUCCGCGGAGACACGCAUACAAAACGUCAACGAGCUGGCCAAGAUCAGUGCCAGGCAGAGCGAGAACGAGACCAGCGGCGAGCUGGACACCGGCAGCGGCAGCGGCGAGUUACGGGAGCCAACAACGCCGCGUGCCAAUACACGCGUCCAGGCACCGGACAUUGAUGAGCUGGGCUCGGGCGCUGGACAGGCACAGGGCACGGCACAGGAUCCCAAGGCAGAUGCCGAGAGUCUCAAGCUGGACGAGAGCCAGGAGCAGCAGGCGGACCCUGGUGCCAACACAAAUGCCGCUGGCAAGGCGUCCACCCGUGCCGAGAAGAGUUUCGUGGAAGCGGAUCAGCGUCUGGAGCGUCUCUUUCUGCAGCGACUAUACUAA